AUGACAAACCUCAGAGCGAGUUUCUUUCUGGUGGGAGUUCUUGGACUUUGGGCAAUUUAUAUCAGUAAAGACUCUAUUGACGCCAGCUUUUUAAGCCUCCAAGUAGAAGUGAGAAAACAUGACAGUCAAAUGAAGCCACACAGCAAAAACUCCUACGUAUACUCCUGGCCAAGAUGUCAACGAAAUGUGUCUGCUGCCAACAUCAAAGGCUUCAAAUCUUUUUCUGGUGGCAUGCAACAGUUUCUUUACUAUGAACACUGUCGCCAUUUUCCCAUGCUACUGGACAUUCCUGAUAAAUGUGGAGGAGCUGAUAAAUCAGCAGAAGUCUUCCUUCUGCUGGUCAUUAAAAGUUCUCCUGUGAACUACGACCGUCGAGAGGUUCUGCGCAAAACCUGGGCCAAAGAGAGGUUACACAAUGGUGUGUGGAUCAGAAGAAUCUUCAUCUCAGGAACGAUGGAUGUCGGUUUUGCCAAAAAGAGAAUGAACAAAUUACUCGAGUUGGAGCAACGUGAGCACAGAGACAUCCUCCAAUGGGACUUUAGUGACACAUUCUACAACCUCACCUUGAAGCAGAUUCUCUUCUUAGAAUGGAUGGAAAGAAACUGUCCGAACGCUCGCUUCCUGCUAAAUGGUGAUGAUGACGUCUUUGCCAACACAGACAACAUGGUUGAGUUUCUCCAGGGCCUCAAGGAUAAUAAUGGAAGCAAGCACCUUUAUACUGGCCAUGUGAUCAGGAAUGCGGCACCGAAACGAUCGAAAAACAGCAAGUAUUUUAUCCCAGUGCAAGUGUACAAAUCGAAAUUAUAUCCCCCAUAUUGUGGGGGUGGGGGUUUCCUCUUGUCUGGCUAUACAGCUUUGGUUGCAUACAACAUGUCCAAGUCCAUUACCAUUAUUCCUAUUGAUGAUGUUUACAUUGGGAUGUGUCUGGCCAAAGCAAAACACGCACCUGUUCUCCAUAUGGGUGUCAAGACGCUAGGAUAUUCCAUGCCUAUUAACAAAGCAGUUGAUGAACAUGAUCCUUGCUAUUACAAAGAACUUCUACUGGUACACAGAUUCCUUCCAGCUCCCAUGUAUCUUAUGUGGCACAGAACACAGGACCCCAAUCUGAAAUGUGGCACCAAGGGGACCUGGCUUUAG